AUGCACUCAGGUGUACAAGUUACAUACCAUAUCCGCGCCAUGCAUGAUCCGCCCCUUAAAAAAUACAAACAACAUGAUAUCAUGGAGAGAUACACAUCGAUCGAGGAUUCUUCCAGGAUUAUGUGGCAUGAUCGCGAUCAAAACCCAGCCAAUUAUGACGAGGUGCUGGGCGGGUUGUUAUUGCGUAUCUACUCCGUACCGGGGAGAACCCUGGGUUGGGUUUGCUCGUUUACAACACUCUACUUGCAGCUUACCACUCUGCCAAAAUUGGAUUCGGUACGGAACACUGUGACUGCGUACAUCGCCCCGAGGUACCUGUUGGCGGGGCAAUCAGCUCAAGCCUCACUGAUAGUUAUCGCCCUGUUCACCCCUACGAAUAGAGAGCCAUCAACCCUGAAGACCGUAGUCGCACCCAUCAAGGCGCAUCGCGUCGGUCCAUACAAAGUCCUACCUGACUACCCCGCUAUCAUCCCUGCAGCUGCAUCCAUGAUCCAUCGGCAUGCUCCCAGGCUCUUCAAACUCGAAGAUCUCCGCGGGGCUUGUGGUGGCUUCGACGGAGGGCUCCGUCAGUAGCAGUUCCAAGGAAGCCAGUAAGUCAGUACAACUUAAGGUGUAUUCGGCCGACCAUGCUGCUACAUGAUUGGCCGGUGAUUCUCUUGUCGGGAGACUCCGACAAGUUAUCUAAGCGGCGGCGUUUGGACCCAAGCAUUCCUUAGAUCCGCC